AAAAGCCCGCAAUUGCCGCAAAGUUCGUUAUUUUUAAUAUUUUUUCUAAAAAGUAGAAAAAUGGACGAAAAUCUAAGCGAUGACGAAAUAUUUUUUGGCAAGAUGAGUUUAAAAGAAGCAAAGAAACUUAUAUUUAUAAAUUAUCCACAACGUCAAACAAUAUCGUAUUCAACAACAAAUGAAGAACAUGAUGAAGAUGUAAGAAUAAUUGAAACACAUUCAGAACCAGACUUAAUAGAAGUCGAUAAGAGUCUAGACUCUGAUUUAAAUUCUAUUUCUAGUCCCAACAUUGUCUGUAACAAUUUUAAGGAAUGUGACUUGGAUGUAAAGCCAGAUGACAGUUUUAUAAGAUUUGAGAAAAUGGUGUCUGAGCUUUGUAUGUCUCCUACGGAUAAACACCCAAAGUUAGACAAUACACUAGAGGUGGUCGAUUUUAUAUUAAAUAAUGUGGAACACAAUAAACCUGAAGUUAAAGUUCUGCCAUGUCUUGAUAUUAAUUUAGAUGUUGACAACAAAACUGAAAAUCUUCAUAGUGUCGAAGAUUCCAAUACCAAUGAUUCCAAUGCUAUCAAUGUGCAAACUCCAAAAACAAAUCUCAGAAAUGAAAAUAAUAUUGAAUGUAAAACAGUUGCAUGUGUUACUCCAGAAACUAAAUUGGAAAACUCUUGUAAUAUUGGAGUUGGUAGUACUGAUUUUGUCAGCAUGGGAAAUACUCCAAAAGACAAUGUUAAAGUUGAAAAUAACAUCAGAUGUGAAACAACAACAUGUGAUACUGUAAAGACCAAUCCAGAGAGUUAUAAUACAAAAGUUUACAAUACUUCCAAAGUGGAAUGCACUACUAAAAUCAAUAAUGUUCAUAAUAUACCAGAAAUUAAACAUGACACAAAUUUGUUAAGUGUCACUCCUAAGAAUAAACUGCUUAUGAAUAGCAAUGCUGUAUUUAAGACACCAAAAAAUCCAGUUUCGAGUAAAAAAGUUACCUCCGCCAAGAAAACACCAAACAGAUUAAACACUUAUCAACACAUUAUGAGUCCAGUUGCAUCUUACAUAAAGAACUGCCCGCAGGUGCCUCUUGUUAAAGAUGUGCACCCACAAAGACCUCUGCCAGCAAAGUCUUCUAUACCUCAGCCAAUUAAAAAUGUAUCCAAGACUAUGAACAAAGAGAACAUAGAAAUUCCAACAGUAGCAUACAAAAGUGCAAAGAAGACCCAAAUGGUAACUGUUCCUAGUCAAGAGAAAAUGCCCAAAGGAGAAUGGACAAGUAAACUUACGUCGAGUUUAAAAAAGCCAGUCGUUAUAACGCAUGGUCAAAGGGUAGCCAAUAAUGUUGCAAAGAAUUUGAACAAAAGACAAGAAGACAGUUUUGCUAAUCUUACCCUUCAACAAGCUGAAAUUUCUGUAUGCACCAAGAAGUCUGCAUUUUAAUUCGUUAUUCAUAUUAGAGCCCGCAUUUGAAAUAUUUAAAUUACUUAUAUGCAAUUCUUUUCAUGCGUCGUGCGCGAGAUCAGAGUUGAACCUCAAGUAGCGUAUCCGAUCAACGCGGCAACCGCCAGCGACCGAUAAAAAUUCAAAUAAAAUGCCUCUUUAUGAUAUUAUGCUAUAAGUUU